AAAGAGAUUCGAGGAAAGUUUGAAAGGGUCAAUGCAGCAAAAGAGGUAAUGGUCUGAACUUUCCAACUCCACCGACUCUAUUUCCACUCUCCCCACCACAUUCACUACCGUGUGGAGCCCUACGGAGUUAAAAAAACUCACAGGAGAAAGACUUUGACCAUUGACUUUGACACUUUAUUUUGAAGAUUCAGCAUUAUAAUCUUAGUUUUGCAGCUGACGGAUUUUCAUCUCAUCCCUUUUGUUCUUGGCAGAUUUAUUCCCAACUGAAUUGUUUGGGCUACUCUGAGUCUCAUACUAUGGCAGAUGGACUUGUUUCUGCUAUUGUUGAAACGGUUCUUGGAAUCUUGGGCUCAGCUGCGCUCCAAGAGAUUGGUGAUGUUUGGGGUUUGAAGGAUGAGCUCGAAAGUCUUGAGAGUGUACUUGGCGCAGUCCAACUUGUGCUGCAAGAUGCUGAAAUCAAGCAGAGGAAGAGCCGGGCACUACAAGAUUGGUUGAGUAAGCUGAAAAAUGCUGCUUUUGAUGCUGAAAAUAUUCUAGAUCGGAUAGCGACUGAGGGCCUCAGACGAAGGGCGGAUUCUGAAAGAGGGAUGAACCGCAAGUUAAGCUCAUUUCUUUCGAAGAGAAAUCCAUUGGUGUUUCGUUGGAAAAUGGCCCGUGAAGUUAAGGAAGUUAGGGGGAAAUUAGAUGCCAUAGCAGAAGAGAGAGUUAAGUUCCAUCUAGGAGACGGUGUUGUGGAAAACCGAUUUGGAGUGGUGGCAGAGAGUAGACAGAGUUGUUCAUUGGUGAAUGAAUUGGAGAUUUAUGGGAGGGAUAUGGAAAAAGCAAUGAUAGUGCAGAACAUUGUUGACAGAAUGCCUGAUAGUGAUGAUCUUUCUGUGUAUGCAAUAUGGGGAAUGGGGGGGCUAGGCAAAACCACGCUUGCGCAAAUGGUCUAUAACGAUGAGAGGACGAUAAGGUGUUUUGAUUUGCGAGUUUGGGUCUGUGUAUCUGAUGAUUUUAGCAUACAGAGAUUAGUCAAAGCAAUUGUCGAAUCUGUCGAUGGAGUGGGAUGCGAUAUUUCUGAGUUGGAUGCUCUACAGCAACUUUUGCGAGAAAAGUUGAGGGGAAGAAGAAUUUUGCUGGUUUUAGAUGAUGUUUGGAAUGAAAACCAUGAGCUGUGGGAUAGAUUGAAAGAGGUGUUAAGAUGCGGAUCGAAGGGCAGUGUGCUAAUGGUGACGACCCGAAUUGAGAAAGUUGCUCUGAUGAUGGCUACUAUCGGUGUACACCAAAUUGGAUAUUUAUCAGAGGAUGAUUCCUGGUCCUUAUUCAGGCAAAGAGCCUUUACGACUGGAGAGGGGGAUGAAAGUUUUGUUGCAAUCGGCAAGGUGAUACUGAAGAAAUGUGGUGGCGUGCCAUUGGCAAUCAAGGCUCUAGGGAGCUUGAUGCGAUUUAAGAGCCAUGAAAGCGAAUGGUUAGCAAUUAAAGAUAGUGAAAUCUGGCAACUGUCAGAUGAUGAAAAUGGUGUCUUACCUGCCUUGAGGUUAAGUUACGACAAUUUAGCCCCACAAAUGAGGCAAUGUUUUGCUUAUUGUUGCUUAUUCCCAAAGGAUUAUGUGAUGGAGGAGAAACAGCUCAUCCAGCUAUGGAUGGCAAAUGGGUUUGUUCCCUCUCGAGGCCAAAGUGACUUGUACCUCAAUGGGCGUUUGAUCUUCAAAGAAUUGGUUUGGAGAUCAUUCUUGCAAGAUGUCGAGAUAAAUUUCUGGGGUAAAGUGACAUGUAAAAUGCAUGAUCUAAUGCACGAUUUAGCAACAUCAGUCAUGAGUCGUGAAACCCAAACGUUGGCACAUGGCAAGGUGAUAAAAAAUCCAAAGGCAGUUCGUCACUUGUCUAUUUUUGACUCUGGGUUUUCUGAGGAAAUUCCAGAUGAUAUAACUUCUCUGCGGUCGCUUAUAUGUGGUAAAGUUUUCCAGAUACAAGGUAAUUCUUUGCGCAUCUCAAAGCAACAAUAUCUAAGAGCAUUGGAUGUGAACUAUGUUGUUUUCGAAAAACUACCAAACCUAGUUUGCAAAUUAGAACAUCUUAGGUACCUUGCCAUGUCGUGCUUUACAUUAAAAAAAUUACCUGAAUCCCUGACUCAUCUUCAUAACCUUCAGACGUUAAAGCUUACAGGAACUAGAAUGCUUCUUGAGUUGCCUAGAGCUUUGAGAGUGAUGAAAAAUUUAUUUUUUCUUGAAAUUAAAAACUUUGAUUCACUUCUUUGUACACCACCUGGACUUGGAGAUCUGAUUUACCUGCAUGAACUAAGCAUUUUCAUUGUGGGUCAAGAAUUGUCUCACCAAAUAGACCAGCUGAAGGAAUUGAAUCUUGGAGGGAACUUGAGGAUACAAGGGCUCGAUAAAGUGAGCAAUAUUGAAGAUGCCAAAAGGGCCAACUUGAUGGCAAAGAACAAUCUGACUUCUUUGAGUUUAUCGUGGACGAGUGACGUAGAGAAGAACUCCACAGAACAUUAUGAACAAGUUCUACAAGGUCUCCAACCACAUCAGAAUCUUGAAAAGAUUUGUAUUGAGUCCUAUCAAGGUUCCCGGUUUCCGAAUUGGAUGUCAACUUUAGCUUGGAAAAAUCUUAAGGAAAUCCGUCUUGAACGCUGUCAAAGAUGUGAGCACCUCCCACCGCUAGGGAAAUUGCCCUCUCUUACAUGUCUAUACCUAAGUGGGAUUGAUUCUGUCAAGCGUUUGGAUACUGAAUGGCAUGGAGACGGAGAAAGUGCAUUUCCUGCCCUGACAACUCUCAGCAUCUAUAACAUGCCCAACUUGGAGGAAUGGAAGAUAGGGAAUGCAAAAGAGAGUUUUCCUUGCUUAAAAGAGUUAUCAAUAGAUCACUCUCCGAAACUGUCCAACUUGCCAUUUCUACCAGCUCUUAGAAGUUUGUCUAUUUGGGAUAGCAGUGGAACACUUCUUGGAUCCCUAAGGUUUCUUACUUCACUCGCAUCACUCCAUCUAGCCCGCUUUGCAGAAUUUCCUAUGCUUCCAGGAGACUUACCGCAUAAUCUCGAGACUCUGCAGUUUAAAUCAUUGCAAAUCAAGAGUCUAUCAAACAUGUUCGAUCACCUAUCUGCUCUCAAAAGCUUGCGUCUUUAUGAUGUUGAAUUUAUGCCUGAGAGACUCAAGAACCUCAGUUCUCUGGAGGUACUAAAAUUCCAUCACUGUGCUGGUUUUAGAUCAUUUCCAAUUGCUAUACUGGAAGACUUAUCUUCACUUCGAUCAUUGUCAUUUCUCCACUGCAUGAAACUAAAAUCCUUCUUCGGAUCGAUGAAACGAGCCCCAGCCUUGCAGAAUUUGCGGCUAAUCGGGCUCCCAGAGCUCGAACAUUUGCCAGAAAGCAUGCAACAAUUUACUACUCUGACGCAGUUGGGAAUAGGUGGUUGUGAAGGACUAUGUUCUUUACCAAACUGGCUGGGGAGUCUUCAGUCGCUGUCCGAAUUUGAGAUUUGGGAUUGUGAGAAUUUAAAGUCCUUGCCUGAUGGCUUCAAGAGACUCAAAUCACUGAGGAAGUUGGAUGUAAGAGAAUGCCCACAAUUAGAAAAGAGCUGCGAGAAACCAACAGGUGCGGACUGGCCAAAAAUAGCACAUAUCCCCAUUAUAUAUAUCAAUGGAAAGGUUGUUCAGUGCUUGGAUAAUAGCUAAUUAGAGAUAGAUAUGGUUUGUGUCCAGUUUCUUUAUCUUCUUGUAAUUUAAGGUUUUUAAUUUCUUGUAAUAUUUGUAAGCUUGCAAAUCAUCAUUGUAGUUGUUUGGUCAAAUUGGAUAUAUUUUCGUAUGCAAAAAGUGAUUGUAAAGAUCUGAA